AUGAGUUCAGGAGAGCACGACGUCUUGCAGGAUCAGCUGGAGGAUGGCGAACCGGAAAAUCGAAACGUCGAGUCAACUGAAUCGAUCGAGUCUCAAGUCACUUUGGAAUCAGAGAUUGUGGCACUCAAGUAAGUUAAAUACUAGAGAAAACAAAACUUAUAACAGAUAAUUUUUCGUGUAUGGUAUGCAUGACUCUCAUGAAAUCGGUUCAAAUCAGACUUCAGGUAGAGACAAGCUGUUGAAGAAUUUCUUUAUGGAAAAAGUACUGGACUCAAAGAAAACCUACCAUUACACAGGUAGACAAAUAAACUUAUGCGUAAAGAAGGUCUAUUUCGUAAACAACAUUCACGUCCAAGCAAAGUACAUGUAGCAGAGUUAGGCAGACCAUCCUUUUUCACAUAAUGUAUUUCUGGUUGUAUUUUAGGCAUGAAGAAGGACUACCUUGAGCUGAUUUACAGCGAAAUUAAGAUAAAAAGUGAACGCAUCAACAUGUGGAAGGGUUCGCGAAGAACUAAGACAGGAAAGAUCCAGGAUAAGUACUUGAAAGUUAGUUAAAUGUUGUUGAAGUGACACAUCACUUAUUGCCAUUCUAACAGAAAGAAUUGAGUCAAUUUUUUGUGGUGUUCUUCUUUCACUUUCUUAACAGUUUUGACUUCUCUUUUUAGAAGCGACGAGAGAUGGUGAAGCUCACAACCAAAGAGCAAUUUAUCUUUACCCUUGUGAGACUUAGAAGAAACCCAAGUUUGGAAAUGCUGUGUGACAUAUUUGGCAUUGAUAAAGGAACUGGAAGCAAAAUAUUUAUAACAUGGAUUUUAUUUUUAGAAAAAGAACUGAACUUUCUCUUACCCUUUUCAACUAGAGAGGAAAUGAUUAGGGUGCCUAAACCGAAAUGCUUCACAAAGAAAUCCCUAAACAAUCUAGAGCAAUAA